AUUUGUUUUUUCUUGAUGCAUACUUGUAUAUAACGGAUCUUAAUGGAUGCAUAUCCCCACCCCAUUGAACUAUCUACUCUAUCUCUUUCUGUGGCUGUGUGCGACAUGAAGCAUUCUACGCGUCUAUUUUCAGCACUUUCCUUCCUCCUCCUGCUGCUUGUGGCCACUGAGAUGGGGCCAAUGAUGGCGGAGGGCAGAACAUGCGAAUCUCAAAGCCAUAAGUUCAAGGGAAUAUGUUUGAGCGACACUAACUGCGCUUCCGUUUGCAAAACGGAAGGGUUCACUGGAGGAGACUGUAAAGGUGCACGUCGUCGCUGCUUCUGCACUAAGAAAUGUACCUAGUCUACGAUAUCAGAUUAAAGUGGACUCAAGAGCAGAAUCUCUAAAAUUUACUGGGAAUGUGUGUGCUUGAGAAUAAUUAUAAGAAGAUUAUCUUAUGGUGGUGUCGUGUUAGUUUGUCUUUAACCGAUGCUUAAUUAUCUCUAAAUUGUAAUAACCUUAAUUAUCUUGGCUUGGCUUGGAUAAUUAAUGUCUUUCUGAGCAUAUAACUUCUCUCUUUCUCUCCUUAA